AUGAUCAAGCUAACACUGAUAUCCCUGGCAAUCGUAGGCCUGGUCGUCUGUAAAGAGCAAGGAGUAGCGGUGAGAGGGCAGCUCACCUGCCGUGGAAACUCCAUCCCGAGCGUUCAGGUCAAGCUGUUCGAUUUGGAUACUCGUAAGCCGCUUUACCAGUCAAGGUGCCUAUUGGCUACAGCAUUAAGUUUUUUUAUCAGCUCUAGGCAUGACUCCUGGGCCGAAUGAAGUUCAAGGGGCCGACAUGUAACAGCCCGGCCCAAAAGCCAUGUCUAUGCACAUAAUAAUCAUUGUCGCAAGAGUAAAUUGGGAGAAAAAUGCCUUUUCCUGACAUCAAUAAUUACUGUAUCUUUCAGUUGACGCCGAUGAUUUGAUGGCGGAAGGCCACACUGGUCCCAGUGGAGUCUUCUACUUGAAUGGCACUACUUUCGAGCUCACGUCAAUCGAACCCGAACUGAGAAUCUACCAUGACUGCAAUAAUGCCGGCAAGCCGUGCAAGAGAAAGAUCCGCAGACGCGUGCCGGAGCAGUUCAUCUAUUCCGAAGGAACGAAACAUGACGUUUACAACCUUGGAACCCUCGAAUUGGCCGGACCUUUCGAAAACGAACAAACGGCUUGUGAAAAUGAGGUCUAA